AUGGCGGAAAGUGUGGUCUUUGGCUACUUCGGGUUGACGGCUGUUGCCUACACCUCACAGGAAACAGACGUGGGCUUCCAGUUCCACCUGAUCGUUUAUUACAUCGUGUGCAUCGUGGGCGCCCGCAUGAUUUCGGUCACCAUCUUAGCGAUGGUGAUGAAGUUGAUCAAGUGCGGCCGGGCUUUGUCACUUAAUGCGAAGGAGCUGUGCAUGGUGGGAAUGGCCGGCUGCAUGCGCGGCACGAUCGCUUACGCCUUGAUACUCCGUGCAGUGCCGCCGGAAGACGAACAGUCACAUGUAGAUCGUCUCAUGGUAACGACAGUGCUGGGCAUCGUCCUAGUGAACUGCCUCUUCUUCGGGACGCUCUUCCCUGUAGUGAUGCGCCUUCUCCGGCUUCAGCCCCGGCCAUCAGGCUACCACGACUCCACACCACGAGCAUCCUUCGGGGUGGGCACCAGGGUGCGGCGGGGUCUCGGGAGGUGGUGGUCCAGCCUGGACGAGAAGUUCUUGGUCCCGGUCUUUCGACCACAACCUGGGCCCAACCAG